UGAACAAAAAACAGGCAGGGCACUCAUUGGAAAUAAAGUUUCAAUCUUGAAUUAGCAAAAGGAAGCACAUGCCAUUUCCUAUGCAGAUCAUGGCUCUCGGCUAUGUUGUAGCUGCUCUUACUGCUCUUGUUCUUCUGAUAUCGAUCCGGUUUCUAUAUGUUGUACAUCGGAGUGGCAAACUGCUCCAUGGGAAAUCUCAGAGAAGCUAUAGUACCCUCAUUGUUUUAGGCUCAGGGGGUCACACUGCCGAGAUGUUGAAUCUCUUGUCUGUGUUGGAGAAAGAUAGGUUUGCACCUAGAUUCUACAUCGCGGCUGCCACUGACAAUAUGAGUCUCCAAAAAGCUCGCUUGAUGGAGGACUCUAUGAGUGACGCGGCUGGGGUCAAGGUAGGGAAAACUGCAAAGUAUUUGCAGAUAUACCGGAGCAGAGAAGUCGGUCAAUCAUAUGUAACCUCUGUUUGGACGACUUUAGUUGCCACAACUCAUGCACUAUACCUCAUGAUUCAACUCAGACCAGAAGUGAUCCUCUGUAAUGGCCCCGGGACGUGCAUUCCACUCUGUGCAAUUGCCUUCUUAUUCAAGGUUCUGGGAAUCAGAUGGUCAUCUAUAUUUUACAUGGAGAGCAUAGCUAGAGUGAAAAGACUGUCUCUAAGUGGAUUGCUUCUCUACAAAUUACGAGUAGCUGAUCAGUUUUUCGUGCAGUGGCCACAGCUGCAGAGAAAAUAUCCUCGUGCCGAGUAUGUGGGUUGUCUUAUGUAGGUGAUUAAGGUUUGUGUCUUACACACAGAGAGAAUCAUGUGUCUAAUUCAAAGCAACAAUUAUGAGGCGGCGGCAGCAUAAAUACCGACUUAUUAACAGUAUUCCUGCUCCGGAAUAAGGGAGGCUGAACUGAUUUUACCAGAAGGCGCACAGCAAGCAUAUUUGGUAGUUCUUGCUUCCAAGAAGAUGUAUUUGGCUCGGCUCGAGUAUUGUCGUUACAAGAGGAUAUGCUAAUUAUCUGAACAGUGUAGAGGCUGAAGUACAUAAUUAUCGAUAUGUUGUGUCGAUAUGGUGCACAUUGUGCCUCCGCAUUCGUUUGAAUUCUGCAUGCUGGUUUAGGGGGGAAAAUUGGUGUUUGGG